AGCUGAUCUACGUCAAAAUCAUGGUCGUAGGAUAAACAAUCUGCUUUCUCGUAUGUUAACUUGAUUUUUACCGGUAUUUCGGUUGUUUUGUUUUGUUUUUUUGUUUUAUAAGGUGAGAUUACUUCAUAGAUUGUUUUUAGAUCAGUUUCAGUGAAAUUAAUACAACGGGAACCGAGUAUUUUUGCAUUUUUUAAAAUCUGUCUGCAAGUAAGCUUUGAAUCAAUUUUUAAUACUCAGCUUGUUUUUCGGAAAUUAGUUUCCACUGUUGCGUGUAAGUUUAUAAAACAAGAAUGAGUGCUAUUCAAGGUUGUAAAGUGAUAAACCAGUGGCAUCUGAAAGGUACAAGGACAAACUUAUAGUUUUAGGUGGAAUUGACCACUUUUCAUUAGAUAAAAAGAGAUUUAGUCAGAAUUUUGCUCAUUUUUUACCAGUUUACUCAGACUAUAUUACUGCUCAGCUACACUAUAUAUAACACUGCAUAUUAGAAAAAAAAACCAUCUCGCAAUAAACUAUAAGCUCCUUUUUUGGAGGGCGAAUGAUAUCUGCUAGUAAUUGAAAUAUUAUUUGAAUCCAUUUUAAAAUUAGUCCUGAAAUGAACUGUUUUUAUAUUUUAAUGAAACAAUAAUAAGAUCGCAAAAAAGAACGGGAUGGACACUAUUUGGUUACAAUUUAUACAAUUGUCAAUCAUAAUAUAUGUCAAAAUUUUCUGUAAAACCAGCUGCCAUUUGACCAAUCAGGAAUCUACAUAAUUGUCAAUUUAAAUUCAAAUCAGUAGUCCUAGUUUGAAAAUAGGGUAUAGAAAUAAUAAGGUCUAAAAUUCAAUAACUAACUUCACAAACCACAUAAAAAUCACGGCAAAAGCAUUUGUUUACCCCACGGCAGUCAUUUUUAAAUGAGCAUCAGCUGUUUUGAACAAUUCGUUCGAUUGCUCGAUUGUAGAAUGUGAUGUCAUAAUUGACUGAAUAUGACAAUUGCUUCGUUUCUAUACAUCGAAAUUAUCAAUUAUAAUCAUGGUUAAAGAAUGUAGCCAGGAUGCCGCCCACCUGAAAGAGUGUUUGUGUACAAAAACUCAGUCAAAAAUUCAAUGGAGUCCUCUCAUCGCUAAAAGAACAGAUUAUUCUAGAAAAGUACUACUUGGUAAUUGGUUUGAGGAAACUUGCCAGUACCAAAAAAAUAAGCAUGUCCACACUACUGAAUAUCUAAGUAAUUAUGGAAUAAAACCAAAAACAACCCUUCCGCGGUCUGUUAUAUGGGAUGCCACUAUAAAGAAUCAGGGUAACGAUGUACUAUUUGGAAACUAUAUUGAUAAAUCUCAAGAAUCUUAUAUGACAUCGUACUACUUGUCAUAUCAAUUAUUGCCUGAAAUAGCUAAACGGAAUCCAGGUAAACCUCCUGUGAAGAGUCAGCACAUAGACGAGUUGCCGAAAAGAAAUGAACAAUUUCUAGAUUAUGGAAACCAAGAGAAUUAUGGUUUAGGGGAUUACAAAAAAUCAACUUGGAAGCUAGAAAAAAAUGAUCCUCGAUUUACGGUUGGAAGUGUAAACAAAGAAACUUACAUCGAACCAGAAAAACAAUUAUAUAAAUUCCGAAGAUGGUUACCAAUUCGAGCCGUAAAAGGAAAAUAUGGCGAUGAGUACAAGUCUCUUCCUUCUGAUCAUCCUCGAAUAGCUCGAUGCAAUCCUCUAACAUGGGAAUGCAAACCAGUGUUAACUCAAUCUGUAUGAAACUUAUAUUUGUACUUAUAUUUUUUAUACUAUUAUAACCAAUUGAUAUUUUUUUCUAUUAAAUAAUCCCCAAUAUACCAGAAAAUACCGUAGCUCUUCGGAAAAGAUCCAUAUGUAUGCUGAUGAUAUUGCACUAAUUGCUCCUGUCCCAGAUAUACGUUCAUUCAAGGUCCGAUCCCAAACUUUUAUAAAUCAAUUCUCGGAUUGAUACUUAAUUCUCAGAAAAUCGUCUUCAAACAUCUCAAUACCCGCAGCGUACGAUUUUUACCACAAAAUUUCCACUUUUGGAUUGAGAUUCGCCCAUACACUCUGUAUCUGCAGAGCUGGAGUUUUGGAGGAAUGCAGAUUGAUGUGCACUUUUGGGUUUUGAGAGAAGGGUCUGUCUAGUAGAUAUCCGGGGUAUUUUUGGCCACCAAAUUGUUUGCUUCGAUGGUACGAAUCACAUAAAGGGCUUGGAUCUCAUUUAGAUGGAUCGGAAUAGGUUUUAUGUCAAUAUCGACAUAAAUGGUACAAGGAUUGCUGCUUAGAUUGUGAGAUAUGGUAACAUUUGUAAUGAUGAACAUACUCAGAAAACGUGUUGUCGUAAGAGUGCUAUUUGACGUGUUUACAGAUACUUGAAACAUUAAUUUUGGUCAAAAAACGAAUUAGAUUGUGAAUAAUUUCAUGCGAUGAUUUUCUAUGACUUUCGAAGUAGAUUAAACCAACAGCAGUUCCACUUGGUGAUCAAGCAGCAUCUCGAGCCACCGUGUUCAGCUGGAUUUGUUCCAAAUUCAAUCGUGGUCGCCUUUCGCUACAGAAUUAAUUUCGUGAAAGUUACGUGACAUACCGUGAGAUUGAGGAGUUGGAUACCGCAUAAUUUGACGUUCGCUCAAAAGAAAAAAACUCGUGUCGAUUGGUGCAAAGAAAUGCUUGUAUAUAGAAUCUCUUUGCUUCAAAAGACGUUUAUAAGAUCUUGAUAGGCGACGUAUCAUGGAUCUAUCCAUAUGAACCCGAAAGUUUACAGCCAUCGAAAAAAUCAGGAAAACCAAUCGCAGAAGACAAUGCGAGCUCUGACACAACAGUUCAAACAAAAAUACCGAAUUGAUGGUUCAUCCGCCGUACAUUUCUUCUUAUUCCCGCAGAUUGAAAAUAAAUUACGAGAUCAACGUUUUUCUACACCUUAGGAAGUGGUUGAUGAGUUUGAAUCAUAUAUUUUGAAGGUACCUCAAAGAAAAUAAAAAAAAAAGCUUCGACAAUUGGUUCAAAGACAUGUAAAUGUGUAUUAAUCUUAAUGAAGAGCCUUUUGAAAAACAAUAAAACCAUAUUGAAUUAUAAAUAUUUGUUUUUAUUUGUCUAUCUUAUAAGUUAUGUAUCAACUUUCGUAAUUAAAUUUUCUCUUCGCAUUCCAAA